AUGGAUGCAUCAGAUCAACUGAACACGACUCAAGUGGAAGAUUCACCACUUGAAGUAAAAUCUUCCAACUGCUGCUCGACCGCAGUGAAUGAUAUAAACUUCUUGCAGCUGGAUGACAGCACAAAGCUGGUGGGAGUCCAAGUUAUUCUCAUCCUCGCUUACAGCACGAUCAUACUGUUUGGAGUCAUUGGAAACUCCUUGGUGAUUUACGUUGUCUACAAGUUCAAAAAUCUCCGGACCGUGACCAAUUUCUUCAUCGUGAACUUGGCGGUGGCGGACCUGCUGGUCAACACGCUGUGCUUGCCUUUCACCCUCGUCUACACGUUGUUUGAGGAAUGGAAGUUCGGCCAAGUGUUGUGCUUCAUGCUGCCCUGCGCCCAAGGCAUGGCCGUGCACGUGUCCACCAUCACCUUGAACAUCAUCGCCCUGGACCGCCACAGGAGCAUCGUCUACCACACGGAGACCAAGAUGUCCAGAGACAUGUGCACGUUGGUGAUUGUCAUGACGUGGACUGUCAGCGCCCUGUUGGCUAGUCCGCUUGCCAUAUUCAGGGAGUACGGGACAUUGGAUCUGAUGCCGAACAAAUCUAUUUCGGUGUGUACGGAGAAUUGGCCGGGAAGCAGCAUGAACGGAACCAUCUACAGUAUAUCAAUGCUCCUGGUUCAAUAUGGCCUCCCUCUGGCCAUUAACUCUGUGGCUUACAUCCGCAUCUGGAACAAACUGAAGAAAAGCCUGACCCACGGGGCCCGGAAUGACCGCCAUCAGCGCAGGAAGAAGACCACCAAGAUGCUGCUAAUCAUGGUGGUUGUCUUUGCCGUCAGCUGGCUGCCCCUCAAUGCGUUCCAGUUGGCGGUCGACAUCGACAGCACUGUGCUGUACAUGGAGGACUUCAAGCUGCUGUUCACCGUGUUCCAUAUCCUGGCCAUGUGCUCCACGUUCGUCAAUCCCAUCCUGUACGGGUGGAUGAACAGCAAUUACAGGACGGCCUUCUUGUCAGUGUGCUACUGGCCCUUCACUUCGAGGUCGAGACGCUCCAAACGCAGAGACGCACGAAGAGAGGACGUCAGGGUUUGUGCACAUAGCAAAUCAACCAACCUGUGA